CUCGCAGCAGAGCUGAUAUCAUCUAGCGCCUAGCAAAAUGGAAAUUUUAAAAUCAAGCAUUUUUAGUAAGUUUCGACCAUUUUUUUAUUUUUUUAUCACCUAGGAUUGUAGAAUCUGUCGUAUUUUGUGAAUGCGUUAAAAUAUGAGAUGAUUUAAAGUUGUUUCCUUGCUUUAGGGUUCUGCAAAUGUCAAAUUUGGUCCGGUAGAGCAAGGUUGGUGAGAGGGGUACCCCCACACCUUAAUAUUCAAAGGUUGAGAGGGUUUGCGGGUGUGGGGCAAACCAGGCUAUUGAAAGACAACCAAAAUGAAGGUUUGUCAAGUUUCAUUCAUGUUCUAGUAAAAGGGAGCUGAGUGGGGGUGUUGAUUGCAUCUACACAUGAACAGUUUCAAUGAUGUAAUUGAAACCUCCACAUUUCUUAUUCACAGAUUGCAUCUACACAUGAACAAUAUUUCAUUUGCUAUUACUUAUCCUCUAACGAUGUUUAAUAUUUAAGAAUAAAGUUAAUUUCGUCUUCAAUACUUUUAGGACAUCAAAAUGAUCCCCUACAAGAGCCUGAUUUCUUCCAAGUUUCAAAGUUGUUUUCUGUGCGAGAUCUUCUAAAUGCCAACAUCCACCUUGGCCAUCACGAGGGAUGUUGGAAUCCAUUUAUGAAGCCUUAUCUCUAUGGAUCACGAGAGAGAUUUCAUAUUAUAGACCUCGAUAAAACUGCAACACACCUUAAGGUACAGUAUUAUGUCCAUGGUCGUAGCGACUGGGGGGAUGGCAGCCCCCUCCCCCCAUAAUUUUCAUAAUGUAAUAAUAAGCUAACAGAGUAGUCACCAGUAUAUUUUGUUUCAAAGUGUGGACAGAAUAUUAGUAAGAGCAUUUUGCGGGUUAGUUUUCAGCAAACUGGGGACACACUAUUUUUUUCAAACUUUCAGGGGGAUUUUAACCCCUCCCCCUCUUAAAGCUACCUACGGCACUGAUGUCUCAGGUUAUUAACCCACAGAGCUUCCCCCGUUGACAAGUAAAAUCAUCUGGCGUUUGACAAGUAAAAAAAUAAGUAGGGCGCACUGGUGCUCAUUGUAGCUCAGUAGGUUAAUAUUAAUUGUAAGUAGAUAAUAAAAGCAUUAUUUAUUCAUUACUUUGUAACUAAAUAUCUGUUUCUCAUAUAUAGCUUGCUCUUAACAUCAUGUCACAUGUUGCUUACCGUCGUGGAGUGAUCCUAUUUGUGAGCACCCAUCCACAGUUUGAAGAACUAGUACAGCAAACAGCUCGAGAUGCUGGUGAAUAUUUUGUAACAAGACAAUGGAACAUAGGAACAUUUACAAACUCUAACAUACUACUCGACACCACUCGCUUACCAGACCUGGUCGUAUUGACGAACCUGACCAUGUUUGGCCGAGGUGCCCCGCCCGUCAAGGAGGCAGCACAAUGUAACAUUCCCAGCGUGGGUGUGGUCGACAGUGAUUGUGAUCCAAGGCUGAUUACAUAUCCGAUUCCAGGAAAUGAUGACACACCAUCAGCCAUGGAACUUUAUUGUAGACUGUUUAAGGAAGCAAUUCUUAACGCUAAAGAGUAUCGCGAGAGUUUAAAUAGAACUUGAAUUACUGUAUGUGAAAUGAACCUUUAAUGUUUACUUUUUCUUUGAUGCAAUGAUCCUAUGGAUAUAUCAUUUUGCCAUUAAUAAAAAGAAGACAUUCAAACGAAAUUUUAUAAGACCCACUUUAAAUAAUUAGACAGUAAAAACCACUGUCUUCUUCAUCCAUGCUUGAACAGUUGCAGAUAAAAAACAUUGUCUAUGAUCACGUGAAACUUUCGCGUUUGUACACAGGUAAAAACGCACAAGUUGUAACAAACCUGCAGAAGAUUGUAGCAAUGCUGUUCCAACAACUUGACAACAGACGUGUUACAAGUUGUUCCACCAACUUUUAUCGUCCUGCAAGUCAACAACUAUUAACAAUUUUGUAAAUAUUGGGUGCAAAUAGACAAUGCUUUUUAUCUUUGACUGUUCAUUCGUGGAUGUAAACGACAAUAAACACUACAGUGUACGCCUAUUAAUUUAUUACAUUUCAAAAUUUUAGCAAACAUUCUCAGAACUGCUUAUAGAAAACACGUCAUCAAAAUGUCGGCCAUCCCGCUGUAAGCAUUCUUCCCAUUGGUUAACCAUGGCAGGGCUAAGAACAGCCAAGGGAGUGUCCAGGUUGGGUGCAUUCAAUGGAGGUAGAGGACAAAACUCGGCGGCUUUAGAUUGCCUCGUUUUGGCACGCUUCAUGCUCGCCUCAAACUCCAUAAAUUGUUUGUUUGCUUCGUCCAGUAAUCUAGUGUUGAUUUCGGCUCUGGCUUUGGACAUCUGAAACAUCAAUGUGAAAAUAUUGUACAUUAAUACGUUCAGGUGCAUCGUACAUGCGCAACAUUACCCAACCUAUGUAAAUCCC